ACGAGCGUCAGUUCCGCCACCGUGAGCUUGGCCGAGCGUCCCACCACCUCAACCUUUCCGGCUUCCUUUGCCAGCAAUCUGAAAGGUCUGGUCGCCAUCCUGCCUGGUGUGGACGCCAUUGUCUCCUGUGCUUCUCUUAUAAUCUGUCUCGGAACGUUAUGGACCGCCUCUGUGACGAGGUCAUUCAAAUUAUUCUUAACGAACUUGGCGACCCUGCGUCUUUCAGCCAGAUCUCUCAGCGAUAUCACCGCUUCACUCGAGAUCCCUAUGUACGCUCUUCCUACUUUCUCUCUCGCUACGGAAGAAUCCAAGCACUGUAUUGGGCACUGGGGAAAGGAAAGUUGAUGAACGAGCAAGUAAUCGACAUCAUGCUAUCCAGCGGUGCUCACCUCUCCCGCUACCUCGUUCAGUGUGCGAUCCACCACUAUUUCCGCUCGCAGGUCCCCUUCAUUAAGGCUCCGUGGGUCCGCACGAUGUCACUGUCAGUCUUCACCCAUUUCAUGAUAGCGGCGGCACGCAUUUUCGGCGACAUCCCUGUCGCGAAAGGCGAAGAUGAUGGUUCUAUAUUUACUCUCAUCGUGGACUCGGUUCGUUUCCCAACAUCAGCACGGCCAUGGAAAUGGGAAAACCUGAAAGCCGUAGUGGAGAAAUACAAGUUCAUUCCUUUCUGCCAUCAGGAUCCCAUGAUGGUGCAGUUCCCUCUGGUCCUCGCGAUUGAACCUCGUCUGCUUCCGUAUGCUCGGGCCAAUGGAUUUCAUAUGGAUCGGAAGUACCGCAAUUUCAUAUUCAGGAAAAUGUUCGAAAAGCAGCCUGUACAAUUCGAUGGCCUUGUCGACGAGAUCGUUCAGAAUGUGUUGGAGUUGUCACGUUUGGAUCCUCACAUGUUUCUUACACGGACGGUUGCGGCGGAGGUGUGCAUGGAAGCGCAUACAAACGAGCCAGGUUAUGCAGCGCUCAGGAAGUUGGAUAACGAAGGCUCGCUCAGAUUCAAACUCACAUCGGUCGUCGAAGCACUGAGCAAGCUCUUCGUCAACACACGCUCGGUGGCCAGUACAAAUACAUUCCAGGUUCUUCGUCGAUUGCAGCGAGACUAUCCGUCACACGACCCAACAGUCCGCCUCGUACUGCUGUGCACCAUAUUCUUUCCGGACUCGAUCUCACUCCCGCAAUCUCUCCAUGCAACGUCUGAGACAUCCCCGGCGCUCAAGGUGUACGUGAGUACGUGUCACAGCAGGGUUGACAGUAUGGGGUUGGACCCGGUAACGAGGAGUGACCUGUUCGAACUCCUUAUCAAUAAGUUCACCCCGGACAGCUUCGUGGGGGUACUUGAGUUUGGGCGAGUGGUGGUGGGUCUUAAUAAGGCCGAAAUGGACACAUUGGUGGAGGAGGUCGCCUUUACUUGCCUGGAGAUAGGGUGCAAGGGCAAAAUGCUACGGCGACUGGUUGCUACCUAUCCAAAUCUGAAGGACGAUAUUGCUGCGUACGUCUUGCGCACGUUCCGACUAAACAUGGAGGAUCUUCCACCUUCGGAAGACGAGAAGGCUUGCUCAGCGUUCGAGGCGAGGCUUUGCAGAGACUUCAUAGCCUUCAGAAGGCCUGGAUCUCCUCCUGUGGUUGAUGAACCCAAUAGAGGCGCUGCAAUGGCCGCUGCGCAUGAUCUACAAGAGCACGGUACAGGAGGACAAGUAGACGAACACGAAGAGAUCAGCGACGAUGAGGAGGUAUUCAUGAUAUCAGCGGAGCAGCCUACCGCCUGCGAUGAAGACCUUGGAUACGUUGGACAGGAUACCCUGACCGUCAUGAUUCGAAAGGAUGAAUCAUCUUUAUCGCGCCGCAGACGAUUCUACGAGAUGAUUACAACGUAUUCCGAUAGCGUCGGCAAGUUAACGUACCCUGCAGACUAUGUGCAGGUCGGGCGAUGGAUCACUGGUCAGUAUGGUCCUCGGAGUGCUGUCACCGCGGUUUUCAUGCUACACGCUGUACUCAAUGAGAAUGCCUUCGUCCUGCAGCCAUCCCUUUACACUGAGCAGUUCGGAUCGUCGGUACGUGUGCCGGUCACACUAAAGCACUUUAAGAUGCUUGCGCGAUUGGGGCGUACACCGAAUUCCUCCUUGUUUGACGACAUUGAAGCCGGAACGGAGUUCUACUUCAGUGAGGAAGAUUAUUUAUCACAAGAGGAAUACACUGUGGUCGUGCCCAGUGGUGGGAAAUCGCGGAGUUGCAGAGUGAGAGUGAAAAGCGAGUACAGCAACAAGAUGGAAGAUACCUCCGAUCCCUGGUCAGCCUCUCCGGACCCUUCCACUAGCAAAGCCCGGAGUAAUGGACGGGGGAAAAAGAGGCCGCGUCGGAGCGUUGCUCUGGUAAAGACAUAUGCCAUACCAGACAGUGAUGACGAAGAAAUUACGGAAGGGAAACUCGACGAACAAGUAAAGAAGCGAAGAUCAGAAACGAAUUUGCAGCGAUGGAUAAAACAUCUGGCAGUUUUACUUAGAGAAGAGCAGAAGAAGCAUAAAGAGAAGAAACGGCGCACUCAGGCGGCCGCCGAGCCUGGUGCGAAGGUUCGCGUAUUCAAGAGUGAUUUCUUCAAGUCCCUAUCGACGAAUCUCGGCCGUCUACGAAUUGUCGACCGGGAGAAGCGGCGGCAACUGUAUGGUGCGGACGUAUUAAGCGAAGACUACAGCGAAGGCGAAGAAGAUGAGUAUCAUCUGCGGACUUCAAAGCGACGCAGGGUCUCUCAGUAAACCUUCCUCGUCAACUGUACUUGGCCUUGUUAAACCUAGCAGACAUACAUCACGGACAGCUACACCAUCAUUCUAGUGUCGUCUGUUCCUACUCUGAGCCUCUUAUAUGCAACUACCCCUUCUGUGAACCCGUAAUGUUACUCCAUAGUACCCUUCUGAGAUGAGCGAUGCAAUUUGCUGCAAAUGGCCGC